GUUUAUAAUAUGGGAUAUAGUGCCUCACAUUUAUUGUAAAAAAAGAAAAUACUUGUUGUUAGCAACCAGCACAACUAUUAACCACGAUUCAUAACUUUAAUAUAAAUAUUUUGAUUUACCACAGUAGCCACACAUUCCAACCAACUUUUAAAUUAAAUUUCAACACGUACUCUAAGUACACAACAUCUAUUUUCGUCGUCAUCAUUAACAGCGCCAGCGUCACCUAAUACGAAAAGGUUCCAACAAACAAUUCCAUUGUAUUCGCUACAAAGUCAACGCAAAAUGGGUCGUCUAGGUAAAAUUGAUCCAAGUUCUUACUCCCAACCAGAAUUGAUUACCACACAACACAGUGUCUUGAACUGGAAGGUAGAUUUUGAAAACACCAAGUUGAAGGGUUCAGUUACCCAUCGUUUUAAUGUAUUGGAAAAGGAUUUGCCUGCUAUUUUGUUGGAUGUGCGUGAUGUUAAAGUUUUGAAUGCUGAAAUAGUUUCUGGAAAGUCUUCCAUUCCACUAAACCACUUUGUUAGCGAUCCAGUUGAUGAUAUUGGUGCUAAACUUACUUUGGAAUUACCACAGGGUACUGCUACCGGAGAUUUAUUUGUACGCAUCGAAUAUGAAACCGCCAGCAAUGCCAGUGGUCUUCAAUGGCUGAAUCCUGAACAAACAUUGGGCAAACAACAUCCCUACAUGUUCAGUCAAUGUCAGGCAAUUCAUGCACGUUCUAUUAUGCCAUGUCAAGACACUCCUGCUGUUAAAUUCACUUACGAAGCUACUGUGGAACAUCCGAAAGAAUUGACUGCUCUAAUGAGUGCUCUUGUUGCUAAGAAAGAAGACGGUGUGACCACUUUCAAGCAAGAGGUACCCAUACCAGCUUAUCUCUUAGCUAUUGCCAUUGGUAGAUUGGUUUCCAAGCCUUUGGGUCCCAACUCUAAUGUCUGGGCUGAACAAGGAAUAAUUGAUGCAUGCGCUGAAGAAUUCUCACAGACAUCUUUUUUUUGA